CCACCUCCAAGACGCCGUGAUGGCACAGCUUCCUAUCCCCCACCAACGGCGCCCGAUCACCUCGACAUCUUUGCAUUUUGCACCGGGCAUCCGAGCGAGGACCAGGUGCCGCUGCGAAACAUGCGGCCUCGGGCCCCGCUAAGGUCUUGUUCAGAAGGAUCGUAAGGCUGAAGGCCACGCCUCCGUUCCGAUUCUCAACGUACGGAGAAUGGCAUCGUCAGUAUCGGAGCAAUGUCGCUCCUGCAUCUCAACGCUGCGAGCCAUUUUCUCGACACUAUCUGCAUCAAAACGACAUGGACGAGUGACCUCCGAUCAGGCCAACGAGCAAUUGGAAAGAUUCAGCCUCUGGGUCGGGAAUAUUGGAGCGCUCCACCGGCCCGCAUCCGCCUUAUCCAUAGAGUCACGGCUACGCGAGGCUGAAGAUGUCCUAGCCCACAUCGUAGAGUUGCUCGAUGAUCUCAAUGAGGUGACGAAUGAGCUGUCGCAGAUCACGUCCGGCAAGCGCGAAGGAGAGGUGUCUUUUGCCGACACAGACGAAUGCACUGAUGGAGAUGAGGUGGAGGAAGUCGCCGAGGAAAGCGAGCUUCUCGAAGAAAUCGGUGAUUGCGUUACUCGACUAUUCAGAGUUUCCAGCCUCAUUAGACAGGCAGCUCCAACGGAUCUCUUUGCCAAGGCACUCUUGAGGAACCGAUACCGGUUCAAUGACCAGUUUGAUAUCGCCCAUGUAGGCGAGAAGUUCCCCAAGCUAGCCUCCCAAGUCUCCGGCUGGCUACGAGAGCGCCUUGGACGUGCCAUUACUCGACGCCGUCAAUAUCUGAGCUACAUUCAGGACCACCGCGACAAAUUGGAAGGCAUGCUGACCAUGCAGGAGCCCAACGAUGCCGCUGUAUCCACCCCCGAAAUCCCUGUUAUCAAGCACUUACACACAGCAACGCCCGUACUCGACACCACAAGCCGCCCUUCAACAUUCUUCACUAAGGCCACAAGUCUCGCUCCAGGCCGGAUCACAGCCCAGAUGCUCACAGCGGAAGAAGAGUCGGACCCUGAGAACGAUGCGAGGUCCUACACCACCGUCUCGCGUUCGAUGGAUGGCGACAUAGAAGCGUCGACAAUGGCAAGAAUACCCAGGCUGGACGAUUUGCGCGUAGGAAGCAAGAAAGAGGUGGAAUGUCCCUUCUGUUUCCGGAUGAAGAAGUUCAAGAACGAGCGGGUCUGGCGACGGCACGUCUUCUCUGACCUCCGAUCCUACGUCUGCACGUUCCAAGACUGCGACGCGCCGUAUUUUGGUGACAUCAAUGAGUGGUUUCACCACGAGAUGCAAAAUCAUCGCGUAAGCUACCUAUGCAGGCUCUGCAAGGGAAAGACUUUUCAUUCCAGCGACCGGUAUCUUGCUCAUGUCAAACGUCAUCACCCUCAGCUACUAGAAAAUGGAGAUGAACGGCCAUUAUUGGAGAUAAGCCGGAAGCCUGUUGACCAGAUCCCUGCACACGAUUGUCCUUGUUGCUCGGAAUGGGAAGACAGGCUAAAACAUCGCGCAACAACACACGGGCUCUCCAUGGAAAGCCCCGACAGCAUCCUCACGGUCUUUCCUACGGACUUCAAGCGCCAUCUUGCAUCGCACCUGGAGCAGCUAGCCCUCUUUUCCAUCCCAGUUGGCUCAGCAUCGGGAGACGACGUUGGUUCUAAUGUCGCCAUCGAAGAGGAGAAAAGUACUUUAUCGGACCGCUCCAAUCUGUCUGCCCUCACCUUUGAUAGCGAUAGACACUCGUCAAACCCAAAUCUUGAUCGCGACGAUGAAGAUACUCAUCGUUACCGAAGUGAUGAGGACCCCGAAUUGACCUCUGAGGACCACCAGGCUCAGAAUCAGCCCUCCUCGGAACUACCGGACAUGGCCGACAACUUAGCAGUCGCGCGUACAGGUCUCAAGGCUAUGGAAGCCACGCAUAUGGCAAACAAACUACCAGACCCCGUCCCAGAGCACCCUGAUUUUGGAGUGGAUAAGGAGGUUCCCUGCGUGUACUGCAACGAACCCGAAGACAACGAUCCAAGUCCAGAGUUCGAGUUAGUCCUAUCAUGCGAGGUAUGUGGAGACAUGGCACACCGGCAAUGCGCCCGAGGCGCUGGCACUUUUGGCCCCGAUGAUGAUCAUGCAAAUGUUUGGCGCUGCACAGCAUGCGUCCACCCGGGGAAGGAACCGCAGGGGCAUGCACUAUACAUGUCCGACGAGGAGUGCGAUGCCAUCCAACAGACACAGAGUGCCGCUAUUGGAGAGGAGGAUAUGGGAUGGGACACAGAUGUCAGCUUUGAAACCAAUAUUAAAAAUCCUGUCAACCUUGUCUACGAGCCCGUCCGCCAUCCGUUCAAGGUCCGUGGAAAAGAAGACUAUUUGAGCGACAGCAUGGGCGAAUUGAGCUUCAGGAAAGGCCAAUCCAUAACCGUCACUCACCAUACGCCUUCGAUACCUGAGAAAGAGGCAUUCUUUGGGUAUUACCGGAAGAACGGUACUAUUGAAACGGGCGCAUUCCAUAAGAGUGCUGUAGCUGUCGAAUUUGGAGCGAUAGCGAAGAGCGACUUUUUCGGGACCAGUGACAAGAGCAGUCUGGCUUUCAAGAAGGGCCAGUUCAUCAAUGUCACGUGGACGGAAGAGCAAAUGUGGAGAGGAUGGUAUAGUGGCGAACACGGCGAGAAGAUCCGGGGUAGAUUUCCCAGUCAUCUUGUUCAAUGGUUGUCUCCAGCUGAUACCAGUGUCUCCGAAAAUGCGGAAGGUGAUCAAUCCACGGCCAGAGGGAGGAUCCCAGGGCCGUUCUCUCAACCGGUGUAUGAACCCGUUGCAUCCCUUGACGUUGUUGCCAAGCACAAGACCGAGCCUGCUUUUGGAUCCAGCUUCUUGUACAUGGAGCCUGGGGACAUCAUCACCGUUACACAUGUGAUACGAAUAGAAUCCGAGGAAAGAUACUAUUCUGGAUAUUCCACCAGCCAAUUUGGGGCAAGCUUAGAUGGCAUUUUCCAUAAAGCAUCGGUCGUCCCUCGAAUCUCUGUGGAUACGCAGCCAACUGAAGGGGAAUGGGACAAUGGUCGCACGUUAUGCGUCUUUGUCUCUGAUCAAUCAUAUCCCAAAUUGCAGAGUGUUGCUUUGCGCUGGAGACUACGAGAAUUAGCGGGGCUCUACGAUGGUCAAAUUUCGUGGCUUCCUGGAUCAUCCGAGGCGUCGCCACGUUUACAACUCCACGGAACGAGCCGAUUCGUGCUUUUCAAGAAGGUAUUGAGGUUUGGCACCUGGGCGAUUGAUCCCGAGUUCCAGGCGUUUGAGGGCAGAGUCGUCGAAAAUUUUGGAGGAGAAUCUGUGGACGACAUGCCCUUGAGGAACGGUGAACUGGUCGGUGUUCUGAAUUACGGCCCUACUAAGGAUUGGUUCAUGGGAAUUGUGCCCGGAGAUGGUGGGAUCGUCAAGCAAACGGGCAAGUUUCCUGCGCGCGCUGUCGAGCGGGUGGAGAGAGGUGGAGCUGUAGGAAGUUGGCCUCCUACCCCCUUCAAGGUCAUGACGCUUUGCGUGGGUUCGUAUUUCACUGGACAAACCCUCACGGUGACCGAAGUCAAUGGCGACUUGAUAACCGCAAUGCCUCUAUCGAAUUACACGGGACCUGUCCAUCUCUUUGCGGCACAGGUAAUGCUGGUCGAGGAGACUGCCAAUCCUGCGAGAGGAGACUUUGAUGCAGAGUCUACUAUCGACGAAUCAGCAGAGGACAAAGGAUCGGAGACGUCCACACUGUCCCUUUGUAUGUUCUGCGGCGAAGAGGAAGAACCGCUUUAUCUUACCUGCACCGUCUGCAAAAGGGGUGCGCACCAUUUCUGCACGCCAAGAUACGUGGCACUCGACUCCAUGGAAGACUGGGCCUGUCCAACAUGCGCGUCCACGGAUCACGUGCCACCUGAGGAAGUCAUCGCUGAGGUUCGACGACGGAACGACAUGUUACAUGGGAUACUCGACGACGCCAAUAUUUUCCACACGCAACUCGGCAAUGGCGUCAUUGAGAUCCGUCUGGAAGACAAUCCUGACAUAGAUAAUAGCACCCUGAAAUAUAGGAUACAUAGUAUUCUGGAAGACACCAAGAAGGACUUUGAUCGAAACUAUGCGGGGCUUCAUACGGUCUAUCGCCGGGACAAUCGCUGUCAUGGAAGAUACACGUUGGUCUCCGGUUGGACUGACCGGCGAAUUCAGAGGCCUAUCGCAGAGACAGACCGUAUCGCUACGGACGAUAAGAUGCCUAACCCGGAAGCGGGGAAUCGACUGCCGGACGCAACCUCCAGUGAGGGCGAACAUGCAUUUCAGAAAGAAUCGAAACUCGGCGAAGUUGGAGCUCAAGGCAAGACUGUACCGCGCAGUCCUAGUCCUCGAGGUCCGAGCGACUCGAGCUCCGUAAAUCCAACCCCGGGAGUACCUGCCGUGCCCAAGGACACGCUACCUAAGGUAGCCAAAACUAUGGAAGACGGCACUCUUAAGAUCACUAAGGUCCAUAGAGCACUCGGAGAAAGAUAUGGCGAAAGUCAUCAGGCAACCUCAGCAAGCGGGGGAGCUAUAGGUGGAACCGGUCAGGUCUCAGAAGAGAGAAAGCUGCCUGACAACAUGCCCGCUUGGCUGAGGUUGAGCAGAAAGGAAAUUGCCGCCAAAUACGCCGACCUGGGGCAAGAGGAGCGGAAACGACUCUUCGAAGCUGUGGAGGCUGGAGAAGACCACAACUCGCAUUGGGAUGUGCCGCCCGUGUCUUUAGUUCAGGAUCGAAACCGAUACGUGAAUGUCUAUCCCUUCGAAUUCAAUCGCGUCCGGCUCAGGCUGCCAGAAGAACGGGGCACCUACAUCAAUGCUUCCCAUAUUGUGUUGAAGCAACGUACUGGGAUCCAGCAGAGAUUCAUUGCCGCACAGGCACCAAAAUCCAACAACGAGGGAAUAUCUUCAUUCUGGCAGAUGAUUAUUGAUGCCUGUCACAAAGACCCGGCCGACAAGGUCGUCAUCAUAAUGCUCGGACAACAUUCCGAAUCUGGCAUAGAGAAAUGCGCACACUAUUUCCCUGAGUAUCGCCCUGGAAUGUCUCCAACUUCUCGGACGUUGGACCUAGUGUGGGAGGUGCACCUAGGGCUAAAAAUGCACGUAGCGAUUGUGCUGAAGAACUUCGAAACGAGCGACAGGCUCCGCUCCGAGGUAAGAGAGCUGAGCGUUGAGAAUGCUCUAUCGCCACUAGCAUCGGCCGACGGCCAUGUCUCAAUUCAUCCAGCUGCAAGCGUCCAGCAUUACCUUUACGGAGGCUGGCCCGAUCGCGAUGUCCCAAUUGGCGCUGAUCGCGACGCCCUUGUUAGACUGGCGCGCCAUAUCCGAGAACUAGCAACUACUACGUUGGUACCUCCUAUCGUUCACGGCAGCGCCGGUGUGGGUCGAACCGGGACCUUGAUUGCUCUGGAUUAUCUUCUGUACGAGCUUGACCGCGGCGCCUUCGACCCCGACCCCCAGUUACACCGCAUUGCCUUGUCUCCCUGGGAUGACCCCAUAUACGCCGUCGUUGACGAACUCAGGAAACAACGAAUGUUCAUGGUACAGGGGGAGGUUCAGUAUGCUCUUCUAUACGAAAUAUUGAGAGAAGAGUGGAUAUCCCGGUGGAAGUGGGGAGAUCCAGAUGCAGCACUCGAAGCCGGGUACGACGUCUCAGAGCCAGACUAUGAAGACAAGGUACGCGAUAACGCUCGCUACCCAUGGCUGGGUGGAUGAUGGCCGUAAAAGAGUGUUCGGAGAGUCAAGGCAGUUUUGGGGCAUUACCAUGCUGGCCUUCUUCAGCCGUUCGAGUUUGGUCUGGUUUCCGCUGGGUGGUGCUAGAGCGGAGAUGUAGCCAACCAUGUAGAAGGACACGAUCUUUAAGGGGAGAAUAGGAAAAUAGGAUUUUUCUUGGAUCCCGGGGCCUGUCGCUCUUGUUGAAGGCACGAUGCGCUCGAACCGCCAUUCCAUAAUUCAAUCUUCACCAUGCUGAUCGAAUGCCGACUACGCAAGUGUCUAGACAAACAAGCACUCCUUCCGUUACCUCCCCUGCCUUUCUUACGGUCCGGAACUGAGAAGGUUCGUUACACUGUCAGUGGAGAAUAGAGGCCAUAGGAGGGUCUCCAGCAGCUGACGCAAUUCUCUGAGCCC